UAUUGCUCGUGAGGACAGCUCUUGCCUUGGAAUUUGGUUGAGGCUGAUGAUUUUGAUCAAAUUGCGAGGAAUCUUGAGGAUUGGAUAACGAUGACAACGAGACAGAUCAGUUUUUGAAGCACGUAAAGCUAAAUAAUACAUGUGCAAGUAGUUUCUGGAAUAACAGCAGAGGUAGUGGCAUCGCCAUCGAGAGGAGGAAUUGAACAAACAUCAAGAAACGCACUCUAGUGGAAAAGGAAGCGAACUGUGAGAGAAGCGGAAGAGGGGAUAAUCAACAGAAAGUGGCACUGAAUAAACACCAAGGUUCACUCUAAUGGAAAAGAUGUUUGCUUGCAAGGUAUGUGGCAAAGCCUUUUUCAAGCGUGGUAAUUACAACCGGCACAUAGCCCGUCACGAGAAUGCCAACCAGUACCAAUGCGAUGUAUGCGGUAAAGUGUUUGCACGGCGGGACAACUACUUCAGGCAUUUUACCACCCAACAUCCUGAGGCGCAAAUUGGCUAUGGAGUACCAGCAGACGAUGGACCACCCGCAGCCAAGCGGCAGAAAAUUACCGAUGCCAACAACAUCGCCGACAUUACCGAUUUAUAUCGGGUGACCAAGGUGAAAGAAGUGGAGAUGAAGAAGUUUAGUACGAAGGGGUUAGACUACACCGUCACGUUCAAGGACAAUCUGGACAUCCAUGAACCAACGGCUGUGUUGCAAACGCUCCACCGUGUUUUGGAUAGCCUUUUUAACACGUUGAUGGAUGGUGCUGGACCAAAGGAUCUUGUGCGUAUGGUGGUCACGUGUCCCGAGCUAGACUACCCCAUCCAGUUACCAUUCAUUGCCAAGGAUCAGUUGACUGUUGAACGAUUUUUAGCUCGAAUCGAGCUGGUGAUCCAAAGUAAUGAACAGUUUUCAUUAGAUAGCAGUCUCAAUAUCAACAUUACACACGUGGCCAUGCCUCUUGGGGGAAAAAUUCAAAAGAAGCGGUACGUCAAUCUGGAACGCUUCCUCAAAGAGAAAAAAUGUAUAAUACAAAUAAACAACAAAGAUGACUUGUGCUGUGCGAGGGCAAUAAUUACGGCCAAGGCUAAAAUAGAUGGACAUCAACGAUGGGAUUCCAUAAGAAGAGGGUAUCUGCUACAGCAAACAUUGGCCGAAGAACUACAUCGACAAGCAGGGGUACCCCUGUCCAGGUGUGGGUUGGAGGAAAUCAAGUUGUUUCAAAGCGCUCUUCCUGGCUAUCAGAUUUUGGUUGCUUCUAAAGACCAUGCAAACUCUAUCAUCUUCAAAGGUCCAGCAGCCGACAAACAAAUAUGCCUGUAUUUUCACCAUGGGCACUAUGACGUCAUCACAAAAAUGCCGGCCUUUGUAAAUCGAAGCUAUUUCUGUGUCAUGUGCCUGAAAGGGUUCGAUCACCCCGAAGACCAUCGCUGCCAAAACUCCUGCAAACUGUGUUUUCAAGCUAACUGCGUGGAGGAGGAGUGGAUCUACUGUCGCGAUUGCAAUCGCCAUUUCAAAAGUUCAACCUGUUUUCAGAAUCAUUUGAAGAGAAGCAGUCGAGGCACAUCCGNGGGUUGCAGAGCCCUGAGUCCGUGCUAA